GUAGAAAAAUAAAUUAUAAACGUUUAUAGAAAACGUAUUUUGCGUUGAACAGAACGCUGUGAGCGCCAAAUUCAAGUUCAUUGCUAUGGCAACGUAAUUUAUUUAUUGGUUUCUUUUAAUUCGUAAGUGUUAUCGCGUGGAAAAGAUGCCUAUAAUAGUGAAAGAUUACACUUGGUCUCAAACAAGUAGCAAAAUACACAUAAGGGUACCAUUAAACCCUGUUAGUCAUGAGAAAGUUGAUCUAUUUCCUACUGACAAAUACAUUAAGGCGAAUUUCAGUCCAUUUUUGUUCGAAGUAUUUCUACUUCACGAUGUUGACAUAAAGAAAAGCAAAUGCUUGGUCAAAGAAGAUUUGAUAAUCUUAGAUUUAGUUAAAACUGAAGAAAUUGAAUGGGAGUGCCUGGAAAAAGAGCUAACGAAGGCUGAAAAAAUGAAAAUAAGACAAGAAAUGAUUGAAAAAUGUCAGGCACAAGCUCAACAGGAGUCUGAAGAUAGGAAAAUAAAAAAGAGCCAGUUAGACAGGUUCACAGUUCAGCAAGCGAUGGAAAUAGACAGUCAGCAACAUAACCUGAUGGAUUCCAGACGCGAUGCUGAAAGGAAGAAAGCUAUGGACGAGUUAGAAGACUGGAGAGUUGAUCAUGUUGAAAAUAACAAUAGAAUCUGCGCACCACCACCUAAAGAAACGAAUGGUGUACAAAUAACUGAACUUCCUCCUUCUGAAGACGAAACAGAUGAUGAAGAAAAUAAAAAGGAAGUGGUAGAAGGAAACAAAGAAGUUACCCAAAGCGCAGCACCAGUUAAUAAGCCUACACCAACUACACGAAAGCCUGCUAAGACUCCAGUAAAAUCUGAGUAUGUAGAGAAGAAAAAACAAGAGACUGCUAAGAGGGUACUUCCAAAGUUGAGACAGACUAUGAGUUUAGAGGUCAAACACACUCCCCGGACUUUUCCGACGCCCAGUAGGGAAUCUACAGCGGACGAGGAAGCAGCUUGGCUGAAGAAUAUCACAUUGGCCAGACGAGCGACAGGUUUUGUCUCGGAGGACCUUCGACCCGAGGAGCAAGACCCACAAUGGUGCAAAAUAAAAGGAGACGAAUUCUUCAAAAACGGGAACUUCCUGGGAGCCAUCAGCGCUUACACGCACGGCAUAUCGCUGUCUGACAAACUGCCCAGCCUUUACGCUAACAGAUCCGCUACACAUUUCGCACUUGGCAAUUUUAAUAAAUGUCUAAACGACUGCUCAACAGCCUUAGACCUGAUGAAGCCACCAUGCGAGAGCAAUCGUCGCAGCCGAGCAAAAUGCAUCGCCCGCCGUGCAGCCGCUCUCGCUCGACUGGGCUAUCUCAACAAGGCUAUAGACGAAAUGAAAGCCGCGGGAAAACUUCUCCCGGAUGAUGAGACCAUCAAGAAAGAUAUACAUGACAUGGAACGCGCUUGGGAACAGAAUCCUGAUUCCGAUUAA